AGUUUUUUUUUUUUUUUUUUUUUUUCGCAGUCAAGUUAGGCGUUAUUUUGCACGGACCAAACAUCCUCAAGCCAAACGUACAACAUACGCGUUAAUGUGAUCGAUGGACAUUGUUGGUUUGUACGAGACAACCGCCGUGGUCCGUCAUUACACGACAGUGAUAGGUACACCUCAGGUCUGUCCCAAGAAGCUCUUCUCCUUUCACCAUGGGCGGAGCCGUGAGUGCUGGUGAGGACAAUGACGAGCUGAUUGACAACCUUAAGGAGGCCCACUACAUUCGCUCAGAUCUGGUCGAGAAGGCCUUCAGAGCCAUCGACAGAGCUGACUAUUACCUCGAGGAGUAUCGUGACAGUGCUUAUAAAGACCUGGCUUGGAGGCAUGGUAAUCUCCAUCUGUCUGCUCCAUGUAUCUACUCAGAGGUGAUGGAGGCCUUGGACCUACAGCCUGGCCUGUCCUUUCUCAACCUGGGCAGUGGGACGGGUUAUCUCAGCAGCAUGGUGGGCCUUAUACUGGGUCCGUUUGGUGUGAAUCAUGGUGUGGAACUGCAUGAAGAUGUAGUUGAAUAUGCUUACCAGAAACUCGACUACUUUAUCAAAACCAGCGAUAGCUUUGACAAGUUUGAGUUCUGUGAGCCCACCUUUGUGGUGGGAAACUGUCUGGAGAUCCCCCCUGAAUGCAGACAGUAUGACAGAGUGUACUGUGGUGCAGGAGUCCAGAAAGAGUAUGAGAACUACAUGAGGAACCUGUUAAAAGUUGGCGGGAUCUUAGUUCUCCCCCUGGAGGAGAAGUUAACCAAGAUCACACGCACAGGUCAGAGCUCCUGGGAGACCAAGAAAAUCAUCGCUGUGACCUUUGCCCCGCUGGUACAGCCCAAACAGAAUGUCAAUGGCAGACCAAUAAGUGUUCCUUUACCUAUAUUUGAAGUGCGGACAUUGCAGGAUCUAGCCCGUAUCGCUAUCAGGCAUACUCUACGUCAGCCCAUCGCUAUGGGGGAGGGACGUACAAAGCGACGGGUGUCCUUCCCAGGGGCUCGGGCCAUGCACCGUUACGGUCCCCGCUUCGAACGCCGCCGCUUCUGUCGCCGUUUUUACCGGCAGUGCGUCAACUCUGUGGUCCUCCACGACUCCAUGAUUCCAACUGCCAUAGACGACUGCCAGUACCCCGGAGGAGUGGAAGAGGAAGAAGAGGAAGUGGAGGAGGAAGAGGAAAGGGGUUGUCGCCGAGUGAGAGAAGACCUGCCUGAGGAGGAUGAAGAAGGAACGGGUAACGAAGAGGAAAAGAGCAAAUCCGAGUGUAUUCGUUCCGAGCCACCUGUUAAUAUUCUGAGGGAGAGGAUUCUAAGACUCCCAUUACCUGAGCCGCUCAAGAUGUAUCUGCUGUAUUACAGGGAGAAAUAAGACUUUACGGGAGAUAAUGGGUGCGGUGUAGCACUAAGAUGAUUAGACACUUUCUCUUCUCCUCUUCCAACUUCUCAAACUGGAUUGUCAUGACAUAUGAUGUCCAUAUCCCUUUUGAGAUGCAAAGCUCCUAGAUAUAUUCAAAUGCGAAACUGAUGGACUGAGCGAGAUUUCCUGAGUAAUCAACAUCGUAUAAACUCAUUUUUGAGUUAAUUUAAUAAAUCCAAUGUUCCCCUCAGCUCAGAAGAUCAAACAUAUGUACACAACUUAUACACAGUGUCCCUGUGGGAAUUGUGCAGUGUUGUGUGUGAAUUGAGCUUGUUGCUUUGAGCUCUAUUAGAGUAGCAUCAUGUUUGGGGUGUUGCAUAGAUUAAAAUGGUGGACUGAAGAGUUGAAUAUUUUUCUAUAGCUUUACAUAAGAGCUCAAAGUUGGACCCCCACUGUUGAACUCUUUCCUUGCCUCUACGGUGUUCUCCUGAAAUGAUUAAUGUCUGCAUAUGUACUGCUGUAGUGCACCCGCAUUUUGUCGAUAUUUGGGGUUGUGGUGAAACAUUGCACACAUUACGUAAUGUAACUUUGAUUACCGUUGCUGGUAGCAGUACGUUUGAUACAUGCAUUGUGAUGUCAUGUCGCCUUAAUCCUUCCCACACCCAUACAAAGGCAGACAUUGUUAUCAGUUUGUGCCCAGUUAUCAGUUUUCAGCCCGCCGAUUGAUACAGAUAUUGAAGUUAACAUUGUAACAUAUCACAAGCUUUACUAUUUUAUUUUAAAGACUGUGUGAAAUAAGAUUUUUAGUAGGAUUCUAUUUAAUGGCAAUUACACAUUAAUUUUGUUUUAAUUGUUUUUCCUCUGAUACAUUAAGCACUUGUGUAUUUUUCUAUACAUAAUUACUAAAAAGCUCCAAUCUUCUCAUUUAGAAUUUAUAGCCCUACUCAGGAAUAGUUUAGGACAACCAUUUAUUUUGUUAUAUUUCCCUCUUAGGACUGAUGAUCAAAAGAAAAAAAGACCAAACAUUGACCUUUUUUUUUUUUUUACCCAAAAAUAUGGAAAAGGAUCAUUUGCUUUUUGUACAUCAAUCUGAUGGAAGACCAUUCUUAGUUUAAAAGGGUUGAACGUGGCCAUUUCUAUACAUCUAAACUGAGUGUCAAUGCCAGUGCUUCUCUUUAUUUCUCUGUGAUGAGACCAAUGUGUAGGUAGCCAUUUAAAUCCAUGAUAUUAUCAUUGGUAAAACUCAUUUGAAGUACAAGCAUAUCUGCCAGGUUUUGCUUGAAACGAUUGUGUGCUUGUAGGUAAUAGACCCUUCAAUAAAGUUUGAGUUUCCACACUGGAAAAAAAA